UACACUGCACCGAUCGAAGCUGGCCAUUUGACAACCCCCAAAUCACACUGUCACUUUCUGCUGUCAGAUCAGGUAAUCGUGAAAAAUCGUCUCCAAGUGUUGAAAUCCAGCCAAGAUGUUCGCCCGCGCCGCUAACGUUACCCGCACCGGAAUGACCAAUCUGGUCCGGUACUCCCAUUCGCACGGUGGAAUCCCUGGCGAGAACCUGCCCUUCAGCCUCACCAACCGGUACAAGCUGACUGCGAUGUUCAUCGUGUUCUUCGGCUCCGGACUGGGCGCUCCCUUCUUCAUCCUCAGACAUCAGCUGUUGAAGAAGUAAGAAGCUAGCGUUUCCCCCUGGCCCUGCCGGGAAGCGAAUGGGGCCCGCACAAUCAGAGGCCCAGCUUCAUCUGUUAGUGUGCUUGAACCGAGUGUAUGUUAAUAUUAUCCCCGCAAAGGAUGAAGUAACGCAAUAAAAUUAUCAUCCAAAUCUGGUGCGCUACGCAAAA